CUCUGUGAAAAUGAAGACUGUGUUUGUAUCAUUCUUCACUCUGCUAAUUGUGUUUGUCUUCACAGUUACUGCCACAAAGCCAUCAAAAGGCUUAACCUGUGAGCAGGAAAUAACCUUAGCGAUGGCAUGCUUAGAUUAUGUAACCAAGAAAACUGAUUCCCCUUCAGCUGCUUGCUGCAAUGGGAUGAAAUCAAUCGUAUAUUCAUCAACUACAAAGGAAGAAAAACAAGCUACAUGUAACUGCCUAAGGGAAGCAGGCUCUCAUAUUCCUAACAUAGACAAAGACAGAGUCAAUAAUCUUUGCAAAGUCUGCAAAAUCACUAAUGACUUUGAUUGCCAAAUACUUGAUUAAGCUUGGAACGCUGCAUUAUGCUGGGAGUUUUCUAUUUCUGAACAGAAUAUAUAACAUUGUUUGUUCAACUUCUGUCAACAAACAAUUAUCUUGAAAUUAAUAAUUAAUAA